AUGGUGGAAGAUUGGUUGCGCUCUAAUAACGGAUCCGUUCCCCGAGAUCCCCAGCUUGGAUUGGCACUGAGCAGAGGCUCUUACCAAUACCAUGGCGCAAUCUUCUUCAUCUUCAAUACCCACGAUGGAACAGCAUUGCCUACCAGCACAACUUACACAGAGCAGAAUUCAAUCGUGUUGGAGCUGGUAGCGAUUCCACACAGUGCACGUGGCUUGUCGAGGUUUUUCCUUUUCCAUGGAUCUGCUAUUGAACUCGAGGAGUAUGUGCUGCAGGCUUUCAAGUUUCUUGACUGCCAAAUUCAGAGAAGUAGGGCCCUCCGUCUUGGACUUCGCUAUCCGCUUCGGUUUUAA